CACAGCUGAUAGACGUCGGCCGUCGGGACGCUUCGUUCCUCGCGUGUAUUUUUAGAGCGCCUGCCCGCAAACCCGUGAAGGAUGAAGUUUCACCAUGGAAAAGUGACCCGAUUGAUGAUUUAAUUGAAUUAACAUCAAACCGGCAACAAAAGAUGUCUCGAUAUGGUUUUUAGUGGUGUUAAAAGAGCAUCGUCCAAUCACCAAAGUGGGUUUUCUAUCGGCGUCCAGUUCAAAUUCGAUUAUGUUUCUAAAAAUAGCGCAAAAUCCGAUACCGUUUUGAAUUUCAGUUAGAUAAGGAACAAUUCUAUAAGAUGGCGCUGGUUAUGCUACCCUGUGAUUUACCAUGGUGGGAAAAAGUGAAACAGUACCUUUUACGUAUAGGAAAGAUCAAAGAUCCUGGAGGCCUCAUAAACGAAAUGGAAAAAAUUUACGAAUUAUGCAACAUAAGUCUCGAUCCGGAUGAUGAGAAUUCCGAACCAAACCUAUUCCAAGGAUUGAAGGAGUUUUUAGAAAAUGACCUGUCCAAUGAAGAGAGGAACAAUUUUUUCAAUAGAACUCUUCCGAAUAUGGUGAAUAGAGCCUUGAAGUUGAAGGAGUACAAGCCCAAAGGUGGACUGCAUUUCAGUCUUCAGCAACAGCCUGAUUUCACUGAACUGGAUUAUGAUUUUGUUUCUUCCCUGAUUGCAAAUGCGUUUUUUUCUACAUUUCCCCGAAGAACAAAUAAGAGUCACCCGACCUUGAGGAAUUUCAAUUUUUCUAACUUUUUCGAAAGCUUAGACUUGACUUCACAAAAAUCGAAACUUGAAGGUAUCUUGCACUAUUUUGAUUGGCUGGAAAAGAAAGAAAACUGUAUGGGGAGGAUUAAGAUAAUGCGACAGGUUAUGAGUGGUAAAGAAUGGCUCACAAUUGAAGACUGGUUAGAAUGUAGCUUACCUCUGUGUUCAGUACAAAUAAAACAUGAUGGAAAAUUGGAAAGAGCUGAGGCAAAUGCCUUGAAAAUCUGUUUUUCCAGUUCGAAGAUAGGCGAAAAUGUCCUUAAUAAGGGUGCUUCACAGGAAAGUAUAAACUUAAUAACAUUUCCCGAAAUUUUAUCUACACUACUAAAUGUGGAAUCACUAGAAGAUAAUGAAGUUUUGACCAUUGAAAAUGUAAGACAUAUUACAAGGAUAAACGAUCCGAAGAACAAGGCCUCUUUAGAAAAAUUGGAAUAUCCAUACACGACUUCGGUUUGCUGCAUGGACGCAGAUGACUAUACCAAACUACCCAUAGGCCAAUACGAAGAGGACAACAUCCUGAGGGAAUUGAACAAGUGCCUUUUAGCCUUUCAACAACGACAAAACAACACCAACAACAACACCAUUAUAUCGAACGUGCAACCGUCCAAUCCACACAAACAACGGCGUCUAUCUCCCAUAGGGGAAUCCAAAAGGUUGACCAAAGAAAAACGAAACAUGGUCCCUCUGAUUACAGAACAGUCUUGCAGUACGACCAAGAGCGAUUCUUCCUCCGUAAUCGACAACAACAAUAUUUGCAAUAAUAGGUUGCAAGUGCAGAAUAACGUUGAUAGAAACGCAGUUAAGAAGGUAGGCGCCAACUCAGAGCUGGUACAUAAUAGGAGAGGGAGGUUUAUAGUGUUGGGUAGCUCUGGGGAAUGUCUUCCUGUCACCAGGAGGCCAUUGGAGACCAUGAGGACGAUCUACUCUAGUUUUGACUCCAGUGACGAGGAGUUUCAUAGCGCUCAAACCAGUCUAGAAGGUAGCGAAGAAGAAAGCUUCAACUUGAAAUACAGUAUAGACCUAGACACUUCCGAAAGAAGACACCACUUUGCAAAGAAACUCAAGAACGAUCUUAAAACAGACGCGCCACUAGAGUCAUCGAGUUCUUCUUCUUCCUACGACUCGAGCUUCGCAGUCGGAAUUUCUGUGACCGGUUCUGGAGUACGUGACGAAAACAUUAAGGUUCGAAGGGAAGGCUCUACAGGUUUCGCUCUGAGGGAGGACUCGUUGGACGAGUGCUUCCUGCAGGAUUCGCUACAGCAGGAGAAGAAAUGGAUAGACAAAUUCAAAAAUAAACAUUCUGUUUCUAACAAGAGGGAAUCGAACAGGUCGUCGGAAUACAGUUUCAGUUCAGAGUAUAGUUCCGAAUUGGAAGAACUAUACGAACAGUUUUCCAAGUGGCUAGAAGAUCCAAUACUAGAAACGGAAAGAGGAACAAAAAAAGAACUGGAUAACCGGGAACUGGCUGUUGUCAAGUUCGCAGGAUCUCUUCUGAAACGAACCUUGAGCGAAUCCUUCGCUGGUGUGCCUGUCCCCUUGACCGAGGAGAUCGCAACAGCAUCGUCCAACGCCAAAUCGAACCAGUCGAAAACUCCCAACAGGAACAAACUGGUUCUGAACGCAAAAUCCUUGAGCUUGGAACUGGCCAGACAUAAGCACAGACUCGCCGCUCAGUUGAUCGAACAUAAGGCUCCAAGGACAAAGGAUGCCCCUGAUCUGUUGCAUAACGACACUACGAAACAUACAACGAACGAAAAACGUAAAGUUUGGUUUGUAACUUACGAUAUUGAACCUGUGGUUCAAACUUUAGAAGCUGUUAGUGUCAAAAUAACACUGCCAAAGGCAUCGAAAAAAGAUAAGAUGUCUCAAAUAGCGCAAGUACCAAGUGGAGGCCUCCGCCCAAUAGCCACAGGAAACUGGGGAUGUGGUUCUUCUCGAAAGGGAGAUGUACAAAUAAAAGUUAUAAUUCAGUGGUUAGCGGCAAGUGUGGCUGGGGUACCAUCCCUGAUCUACUUCACUUGCGGACAUCAGCAAAUGUCGAAAUUGGACACAGUGUGCAGAAUACUUUUAGAUAGGAAGUGGUGCGUCAAAGAUUUGACAAAGGCAAUUUUAAAAUACUCAAACCAUGUUUUACACGGUAGAGAAAUUAGUGGAAAUUUAUUCCAAGAAUUAAUAAGUCAUGAUAGGAGCUCAUGAGAAGUUUUAUAUUUUUUAAGGUAUUCUUGUGUUUGUAAAAUAAUUUUAAGGGACAAGAGUGCUAUGCAAUUAGUGAUUAUGCAGGUAUUUGAUACCUUCAUUUUAACUGUGUAAAGAAUUUUUUUUUUAAAUAAAUAACUUCCUCUAAGACUAUCAAAUGCUUCAUGCGGUAAAAAUUUAUUAAUUAGAAUAAGGAAUUACUGGAAUGUAAAAGAAUAUUUAUGUACUUGUUACCAUUUCUCAACUUCCAACUCUUUCGCAAUAGAAAACUGAAUGUUUUCAAUGAGUUUUUAUAAAUUUUUUCUGUUUUUCCAGUGAAAAAAUCAUAAGGCACCCUGAUUACAUAUCAAAAAUUUCAAAGUUACAAGACUGAAUAACAAGCCAUACCAUAUUAAUUAAACAAUUUCUUUCCGCAUGUUCUAUACACAACAAAAAUUUUCACUGAAGAAUACCGUAGAUAUGCAUAUAACAAUGUAUUCAUUAAUUCCACCAACAAAAUGUAAAGAUGAAUAAUCUAAAAUGUGAUGCAUUAUUUUUUUGACACCACUAAAAUAUCUAGAAAUACUGAUGUAUCCACUCACUCUUUAAAACGUUAGAAAUAAAAC